CUCGUGGUGAGUCAGCGUGGAGUAGUCCGUGCCCGGCCGUGUAACCUGCGUUAUCUGUCAAGUGGCUGACCCUGGCUCAGUAUUUUGGUUGGACAGCGAAGUAGGAUGACUCUUUACGAAAGUUAGGUUGCUGAGUCAUUCGCCCAGCCUCAGAAGUAAUUAGGAACAGCUGUGCAGACACGCUGCUCGUCACAUGCCUCCCCUAGAAAAGGCCAAGAAGCACCCGAAGAGAGCUCGCUGGGGAAGGCUGAGGGGGAACCCAGCCGCAGUUCUCUGUUUUGAUACAGGUUGCCGAUAAUUAGAAGCAUGCUUUCCACUGCACUUCCCGACACCACUUCCUGUGCAGGAUGUCUCUGAGUGAGAACGCAGUGUUUGCCUAUGAGUCUUCGGUGCACAGCACCAACAUCUUGCUCAGCCUCAAUGAGCAGCGGAAGAAGGAUGUGCUGUGUGACAUCACUGUCUUGGUGGAGGGCCAGCGGUUCCGCGCCCACCGCUCGGUGCUGGCAGCGUGUAGCAGUUACUUCCACUCGAGGAUCAUAGGCCAGUCUGAUGCAGAGCUCAGCAUUACUCUCCCAGAAGAGGUGACGGUUAAAGGAUUUGAACCUUUAAUUCAGUUUGCCUAUACUGCGAAACUAAUUUUAAGUAAAGACAAUGUGGAUGAAGUGUGCAAGUGUGUGGAAUUUUUAAGUGUACACAAUAUUGAGGAAUCCUGCUUUCAAUUUCUCAAAUACAAGUUUUUAGAUUCCACUGCAGACCAGCAAGAAUGCCCCAGAAAAAAGUGCUUUCAAUCACACUGUCAAAAAACAGACCUUAAAUUUUCACUUGCGGACCAGAAGGACCUAGAAAUUGAUGAAGUAGAGGAAUUUCUGGAUGAUAAAAGUGUUCAGACUCCUCAUUGUAACCCCCAAAGGUGCCAAGGAGAUGUAAAAACAUCAUCUCCCCUACAAGACAGUGCCAGCCAGACAUACGAAUCCAUGUGCACGGAGAAGAAUGCUGCUCUGGCUUUGCCAUCCUUAUGCCCCAAAUACAGAAAAUUCCAGAAGGCGUUUGGAACUGACCGAGUCCGCACUGUGGAACCCAGCAUCAAAGACAUUCAGGCUACUUCUGUUCAGCCAAAUGAGACAUCUGAAAAUGAAUGUGUAGGGGGCGUCCAGUACUGUGCAGAUUUGCAGGUGAUUUUAAAAUGUGAAGAAAGUAAGUUAGCAACGGAACAUGAGACAACAAAGAACAAAGUUCCUGCUUCUCAGGUCCCAACAGAAAAAACAGAAGUAACUCCUUUCCCCCACAGUUCUGCGGACCCUCAUGGGCUCUACUCUCUGUCUCUUUUACAUACAUAUGACCAAUACAGUGACUUGGAUUUUGCUGGUAUGCAAGGCUCAGCAGUGAAAGCAGAAAAACCUUUGUCAGGUACAGAUGUUCCAGAAGAGAAAACAUUUAGUGAAAGUCAAGAUUUACAUGUGAAAGAUGACUCAGGCCCCAAGGAAGAUGGCAGCCUCGCCUCCAGCGACCGAAGUAGUGUGGAACGAGAAGUAGCAGAACACCUAGCAAAAGGCUUCUGGAGUGACAUUUGCAGCACGGACUCCCCCUGCCAAAUGCAGUUAUCACCUGCUGUGGCCAAAGAUGGCUCAGAACAGCUCUACUCACAGAAACGAUCUGAGUGUCCCUGGUUGGGUAUCAGGAUCAGCGAGAGCCCAGAACCGGGUCAGAGGACUUUCACAACAUUAAAUUCUGUAAGCUGCCCUUUUAUGAGCACUCUGAGUACCGAAGGGCGAUCGGGCAGUUUGGAGAUUGGAAACGACAGCUACGUUUCAGAACAGCAGGAACCUUGUCCCUAUGCUUGUGUGAUUAGCUUGGGCGAUGACUCUGAGACAGACACAGAAGGCGACAGUGAAUCCUGCUCAGCCAGAGAACAAGAAUGUGAGGUGAAACUACCAUUUAAUGCACAGCGAAUAAUUUCCCUGUCUCGAAAUGAUUUUCAAUCCUUGCUGAAAAUGCACAAACUGACCCCUGAACAACUGGAUUGUAUCCAUGACAUUCGCAGGAGAAGUAAAAACAGAAUUGCAGCGCAGCGCUGUCGAAAGAGAAAGCUUGACUGUAUACAGAAUCUCGAAUCGGAAAUUGAGAAGCUGCAAAAUGAAAAGGAGAACUUGCUAAAGGAAAGAGAUCAUAUUUUGUCAACAUUGGGUGAGACAAAACAGAACCUGACUGGACUUUGCCAAAAAGUCUGUGAAGAAGCAGCUCUGAGUCAAGAACAAAUACAGAUUCUCGCCAAGUACUCAGCCUCAGAUUGCCCACUUUCAUUUUUAAUUUCUGACAAAGGAAAAAGUACUUCUGAUGGUGAACUUCUAUUGCGAUCAAUUUUUAGCUUAUCUGAUUGGCCUCCAGCUGUGCCGCCUCUGAGUGGGAGAGGAGGCUGUGAAGCCAGCUAUGCAGGGGCCACGGAGGCACCUCCCACUCUCACAGCUGCCUCGGAGCCAGUGGGGCCUGUGGAGCAGUGUCGCCAGAGUGGCGGGAUCUCAGAUUUCUGUAAGCAGAUGACAGAUAAAUGUACUACUGAUGAGUAAACUUACUUUCUCCUCCUCAGCCCCUUGAAUUUCCUACUGAAGUUUUGGCUUUGUCUUGAAGCCCAAUAUAGUCUUGUUUUAAAAUCAUGUUUUCCUUCAGCUUCAGGGGAUCUCUCUUAAGUCAACCCUGAUUCCCUCGAAAGACACAAAUGAUUUGUCUCCUGGGUCUUGAAAUACCACACAUUAAAGUGCAGUGUGCCCUUAAAACUAAAAUAACUAUUAGUAAUAACUUCCAAGUAUUCAAAAUAAGUAUGAGAAUAAAAACUGCAGCAUAUCAAAUCCAGUUUACCAGCUUGAAACAAUCUGGUAAGGAAGUGGCCUACAGAAGCUUAAUACUCAGGCCCCUGGCAAUACACCUGUUUUAAAAGCAGUGCUUUCAGGUCUACUCAGAAAUAGGGUGUCAGCAGUGGGAAGUCGAGCUGCAGUGUGCAAAAGAAAUCAUCUUACCUGAACCCUAGGGCUGUGCUCUUCUGCUCCUACUAAAACCAAGUGUGGAUUGGACUUUGCUGUGAUUCCCAAGCUACACUGGGAGGACUUAAUGAACAAGCAGGUGGCUGGCCUGAAGUGGAG